AUGUCGUCACGCUCAUCCACAAACUUUGUUGAAUCUGACGCCCUUCAAACUCUGAAACAAUCCUUGCAAGAUUUGAAGAAACCGCCUCCAUCCCCACCACCAAAUUCACACUUUACGUCUGAACCACAAAUGUCUGAUAAAAAAAGAGUUGCCCCUGUAGAUUCUGCUGCCUCGCAAUCCCCCAAUGACACCGAUGACUGGCAAAAGAGCAAGUGUCUCCGCAUCAUGGGACCGGAGCCGGCAGCAAUCGUCGCACCACCUAGUCCCACCCUCUACGAGGUCCAUCCUGCGCACCGUGACAAGGUCAGCGGUCCUAUCUACAGCCUGGAUGGGAGGCACAUCAUUAGCUUACCACAGCCACCAACGACUCCCAUGGAAUCGCAGCCCGAGGGUCCAGCGGCUCCCACCCAACCCCCACCACUGCCACCCAGUAAACGCCCUGCUGCAGAUUUUGCACGCGCUCGUGAGCAGAUCCUUGCCCGCCAGGCUCUCAAAGCUGCAUCAUCCUCUCCAAUGGCGGAUCUCGCCCGCAAUGCCACUGCACCACCUAUUUCAACCGCACCAGCACCAGUGACCAUGGACGCCGCACGCCGCAAAUACAUUGACCUCGGUGCUCUCAUAUGA